GCUCCGCCCUCUCACGCAUGCAUAACGUACAGUGACGUGUAGGCGCAUCAUGGCGUAAACAAAACAACAUGUCGCUGAGACAGAGUCAAGGAAGAGAAAUGAACGGUCAAUCGGACGUGGAAGUCGAUUACAAGCGGAAGUACAGAAAUCUCAAACGGAAGUUGAAAUUUCUCGUUUAUGAACACGAAUGCUUCCAAGAGGAACUGAGGAGGGCACAGAGAAAACUCCUGAAAGUCUCCAGAGACAAAAGCUUCCUUCUGGACCGGCUGAUGCACUAUGAGAGGGUGGACGAAGACUCCUCAGAUUCCGAUGCAACUGUUUCUUCGGAAAACAGCGAGGGAGAAGUGCUCCGGGAGAGGGAAAGAGAGCGAGAAGGAGCAAAGAAGCGAAGAAGUAACCCAAGCAUAUGUCUACCAUCGUCAUCCUCGUCGCCUCAUCUCUCUCUGCUGUCCCGUCCAGGUGGACCAUACCUCAACGCCAUGCCCUUCCCACCAGAGUAUUUGGCUCCACAGUCUGAACGAGUGAAGAAAGAGAGGAAAACAAAAGUGCCCAAAAGCAAGAAAGACACCACCGGGAAGAUGGCGGCUAAUUACCCAUCGUGCCCGGCGGUGACGGCUGCUUCGGCGGCCAGCGGGCCUUUCAGCUGGGUCCCCAGACAGAUGCUCAGCGGGGACGCUGCCGAGGAGGAAGGAGAGAGUGACUGCGACAGCGACAGAGGAGAUGAAGACAGAGGCGAGGGAGACGAAGCAGAGCUAGUCAUUGACAUCCCUAACGAGUGAGCUUGACUCAGUCUGUGUGUGUGUGUGUGUGUGUGUGUGUGUGUGUGUGUGUGUGUGUGUGUGUGUGUGUGUGUGUGUGUGUGUGUGUGUGUGUGUGUGUGUGUGUGUGUGUGUGUGUGUGUGUGUGUGUGUGUUGCAUAAGGAGAGGUUGGGCUGGAUUAAAGUGAUUUGUUGAAAGAGAAAAUACA